GAGGCAGCGCCGUGCACAGGGAGAGCUGCCCGUGGCAGGAGACGGCUCCAGCAUGGACGCGCUGCCCAUCUACCAUGGGGGCAUCACCCGUGAAGCGGGGGAGAAGCUGCUGCUGGCGGCGGGCACUGAUGGCAGCUACCUGCUGCGGGACAGCGAGAGCAUCCCGGGAGUCUACUGCCUCUGCGUGCUGCAUCAGGGUUACGUUUAUACCUACAGAGUGUCCAAGACAGAAACUGGGUCCUGGAGUGCUGAGACAGCGCCCGGGGUCCACCGGAGGCUCUUUCGGAAAGUGCACAACCUCAUUUCGGCCUUCCAGAAACCUGACCAAGGCAUCAUAACGCCCCUGCAGCACCCAGUCAUCAACCAUGCGAAAGCCAAAUACCCCCCAGGGCAAAACGAAGGCCAUGACUUCCACCUGCAGGCAUCAUGAAGACGUUUCCCCAGCUUGGAAGGAACCGUUUCCUAAGAGGUAAAGAGGCUUUUUCCAGAAACACCAGGCUACAGGCUCAGGAGAACAAACCAGCACGAAUUCCAGCAGCCGGCCAAGCCGGGUGUCCGUAUCUGCUUGUAGGAUACUUCCACGGGGAGCCGCUUCAGCAGCACGGUUAAAAACCC